UAAUAUAAUCUCCCUCUAAACUAAUAUGCCUCACUCUAUUACAAACGAGUUUUAGUGUCCGUGCUGUCACCCUAUCGACCAGAACGGGAAAAGAGAGACUGCAUGCCUCCAGGUAGAUCCAUCAUCUAACCAAAACAUGGGGCACCUUGUAAUAACCUCACAAUGCAAGGGGCAGGUUUUCCCGUAGUUCAGGCACAUCCAGAUCACGCAUUAUAAAAACCACACCCCUCUCCCUAACAAACCCAGAAAAAGAUCGAGCCACGUACAAAGUCCACUCCCCCCACACCCCCUCAUCUUCUGGUUCCUCUGGCUUGGACGCCAAAAAACCUUUGAACCAUCAAUGAGGGAUGAGCCGAAGCGUAACUAACUAAAGCUCGAUACCGGGAGCCCCACUAUUUCAACACCGCCCCGUUCUCUAAAUCUCCCAGGGUUCGAUAUCCUAACGCAGUUACGUGACUUCCUGCGCACGUAACUGCAGGAGCAUGAAGUUCUUCUUGAUUUCUUGCUGUGGAGUCACCAUGACCGCACGCACCACAAGAGCUGGUUCUUCUCCGUCUAUGUCGCCUUCCAGACAGAAGAAGAUUGUCUCCCCCGCGAGCGGAGGAGGAAUAUCGUCUCCCGCGCACGGGAGGAUGCCGUCUUCCAACCCCGGGCGUGGAAGACAAUCGUCUUCGUCCCCGCGAGUUAAGUCGCCGCGCGGAUUCAUUAUUCCUGUGAGACAGACGAGGUCGGAGCUGGGGCUGGCACCGGUGCCUCAGCGGCCACCGCGGCGAAAGAGUGGGAGGCCGGUGGGGUCAGCAGCUUCGGCCUUGCAAUAUUCGGAGUGGACGCCGUCGCUGUGCACGAUCGAGGAGGACAACGUCGUUUCCGUGAGGAGAUCCGGUAGAGAUCGGACGCCCAGCAUUGAGCGAGCGGUUAGUGAAAAGAGUGGUAGGGAAAUGUCGCGAGUUCAAAGCCGUAGCCACACCAAUGAUUACGGGCGAUCUUCAGUCACAGUUAUUCCGGCGUAUGCUCCGGCGCCGUUCUUGUUCUAAAGGGAUGGACUUUUUGAAUAUAUAUAUUUUUCAAUUGUUUCGGUGCGAGGGAUAGGAAUUCACUUGUAUUAACAGUCAGUGUUAUUGUGUUCUAAAUCGGGUUCAAGACGACAUAUAUUGUGAAUAUGAAGAAGGUUAGGGCAAUAAGAAUGUUCUUAUACCUAGCUACUUGCUCAAAAAGAAAAGACCAAAAGAACAGCGAAUGUAAAGCCUCUUGUACCCCUACUGGUGCUAUUUAAUAUAUAUUUAU